CGUUUUUCCCAAUUCGAAAUAUCAACUUUUGUUUGUAUUGCCAAAAGAAAACCCAAGGAAGAAGUCCAUUUUUUGUCUAAAUGGAUAACCUGAUAAUAUCUUGCACUACUAUCCUCUUCUUAUCUUCUAUAUUUCUAUUCUUGCAAUCAAAUGCAACAUCAACCUACAAUGUGUUAAGCUUUGGUGCAAAACCAAAUGGCCAAACUGAUGCAACUCAGCCAUUUCUGAAGGCAUGGAGCGCUGCAUGCAGCUCAGUGCAACCAGCGACCAUUUACGUUCCCCGAGGACGUUAUCUUAUAAAGGCAGGAACAUUUAGAGGGCCAUGUAAAAAUAGAAUAACUCUAAGGAUUGAUGGAACCCUUGUGGCUCCAUUGGAUUAUUGGGCCAUUGGCAACUCCGGCUACUGGCUUUUGUUCAUUCAGGUCAAUGGGAUUUCCGUCAUCGGUGGAAAUCUUGAUGCUAAAGGAGCAGCUUUUUGGGCUUGCCGGAAAUCGGGCAAUAAUUGCCCAGUUGGAGCUAGGUCAAUAACCUUCAAUUGGGCUAAUGAUAUUGUGAUAAGUGGCUUACUAUCAAUCAACAGCCAGCUAACACAUAUUGUGAUCAAUAGCUGCAACAACGUGAUUGUUCGAAAUGUAAGCAUAAUAGCCCCCGAUCAGAGCCCAAACACCGAUGGCAUUCAUGUUCAAUCAUCAACUGGUGUUACUAUCAUAAAUAGUAGAAUCAAAACUGGAGAUGACUGUAUAUCUAUUGGACCUGGCACUAGAAAUCUUUGGAUGGAGAACAUUCUAUGUGGACCUGGACAUGGUGUUAGCAUUGGAAGUCUAGCAAGGAAUUAUGAAGAAGAUGGCGUGCAGAAUGUGACAUUGGUUUACUCGAUAUUCACAGGAUCUGAUAAUGGGUUAAGAAUAAAAUCUUGGGCAAGAUCCAGCACUGGUUUUGUCACCAACAUUAAUUACCGCAACAUAGUCAUGAAGUACGUUGACAAUCCAAUCAUCAUUGAUCAGAAUUACUGCCCAAACAACCAAGAUUGUCCAGGCGAGACUUCUGGUGUAAAGAUUAGUCAAGUAACGUAUGAAAAUAUACAAGGGACGUCAACAACUCCAGUAGCUAUGAAAUUUGACUGCAGUCCCAGCAAUCCAUGCAAAGGAAUCCAGAUAAAAGACAUAAAGCUUACUUAUAUGAACAAAAAGGCACAAUCUUUUUGCAAGAAUGUUCAAGGAAGUAAAAGAGGAGUCAUUUUGCCUGACAGUUGUAUAUGAAUACAGUUCUACUUUUGAACAAGCAAGUGUUACCAAUAGAAAGAAGGCUUAUUUGGUCUACUCCAAUAAAGUUGUACAUACCUUACAACAGCAAUAAUAUGUUUUACUUUGAAAAUUAUGUAAAAAAAAAAUGUAUUGUCAAUAUCCUCUAACGCAAAUUGAAUACACAAAGUAUACUAAAUUUUAUUGGUCGA